AUGGCCACCAACUACGUAACAUCUGCACUCGAAGCUCUCGGCUUUGAUGUUCAGAGCUGCUGCAACGAACUUGCCUUCUGGGCCCUAAGAGCAGAUGACCACCCGGACGCCUACGACGCGUGGAACGUAGCCUUCCACCAUCGCAACACACCUCCUACUGUCCACGACGUUGAAUGGUGUAACGCUCUCGAACUUAUCGGUUUAAGCCUGCAUAUCGACGACCGCUCCGCAGAAGCUGAAACGUACCUGCAAGAGGCGCUUGCGUAUAAGGAAAGGACACUCUCACACGGCAACAAAAGGGUGUAUGAAUCUCUUGUUAGGGUUGCGAGAGCGUUAGUCGCUCAGGAAAAGCACAAGGAAGCAGAAGCGUACCUCCGACGUGCGCUUGAUGGCUACAGACGGCUGUUUCCAGAGGAAAACAGAGAGUUGUUGCAGAUCACCAGUGAGCUUGCAUAUAUACUAGCGCGUGAAAGCACAUCUUGCUCGAUACGGGAAGCGGAGACUGUAGCGAGACAGACGUUGAAGAUGAGAGAGAAGGUUCUAGGAAGAAUGCAGCAAGAGACGGUAGAAAGUGUGUGGACAUUGGGGUUUGUAAUGGAGAAGGCUGGGAGAAGAGGAGACGCGAAGCAUCUGUACGAGAGGGCAUAUAAAGAAGGUUCAAGACUGCUGGGGGAGAACCAUGUUGAUGUUCUUGAUUACAAAAGCGAUUUGGAGAGAUUGAGGAUAGAGGACGAUGAGGUUAUACAGUACUUGCUGUUGUGA